CACACAAAAUACAUAUCUAUGCAGAAAUAAAAUACACAGAUUAUAAGUUGAACAAAAUCUUUCGCAAGACGCUUCUGAAGCAUGGUCGAAUAUGAUUCAAAAUUGAUUUUCGUUAAAUUUCCCGACAGAAACAAUAGACGAAUUUUUUAAUUCAUCGAUUGAUUAAUCGCAUAAUGCACAAAUGUUGUUUUUAUAAAGCAAAGUUGCAUUUACGCAUAAUGCGAUUUAUUAAUCGAUGAAUUAAAAAAACUUAAUCUGAUGUCACACAAACUAUAUAUAUAUACACAUACACAACUGCCAUAACCAUUCUCGAUCUCUCAACGCAGGAUAGUGACUCGUACGAUUUGCGCGAAUUGUGCAUAUAUAUUACAUCUGUAGGACGUCGAACGCGACGAAACGCAACCUAAAUUCGGCAUCUGACAUGUCACGAUGUGUGAAUUCACAUGAAGAUUGACGAACGCCGUUGAAAUUCGCCGAAAAUUUUUUGUAGGUUCAUGGCCAAUGAUUUUGGCACUUCCGGAGGAUAGAAUGUCAGAAUCGGAAAUUACAUUCGAGGAGGAGCUCUCUGCAGAUCUGUUCUCAGACAUUGAAUUGUCGCAGAGCACGAAUAAUGUUGCCAAUUCGGACUCGAGCUCUAUGUCCGUUGGUGUUAAUGAACCAGAACCUUCCGAUGAUGUACCUGAAUGGAAGGGUAUGAGCAUGGACGAGAUACGCAAAGGUCUUGGCAUUUACGAAUAUCAGGAACAUCCACCAAUCGUUGUCUCUUCCCGCCAUACUGUAUUAUUUAUGUUGCCGUUGCGUUCACAUGGCCCACCAAAGCCAUACCCAACACACCAAAUAGACAAGUGGAGCCAAGGCUAUGUACGAAUGCCCCAUUCUGCGCAUAGUUUGUAUCCAAUAGAACAGAGAAGCGGAAGUCGCAACUGCCGAAAUAGAUGGGAAAUGAUUCAGGAAGCUUUGCUGAGGAACAUUCUUUCCAGUCAACAGUUGGAAGAAGCUAUACUUUCAUACAAUCAGAUAUAUGCACAACGUUGGAACUUUGCAGCGCUCCAUCACUUUUUCUCAGAGGUUAUGGAUUCAGAAGAGACAACGAUAUUCUUUGAAACUCUGAUGCCAAAAAUAAUUCAACUUGCUCUGCAGCUUCCCGUGCUACUAACUGGUGCAGUACCUCUAUUAAAACGACACACGAAUGGCUCUAUCAGUUUAAGUCAAUUACAAGUAGCUUCGCUGCUGGCAAACGCAUUCUUUUGUACAUUUCCUAGACGCAAUUCCAGUAAUCCGCAAUCAGAAUAUGCAACGUAUCCAUAUAUUAAUUUUAACAGAUUGUUCGCCGCCUAUAAUGAAGAAAAACAUAAUCAGUGCGAGUCUGUGAUGGAAAAACUUAAAUGUCUUUUCCAUUAUUUCAGAAGAGUAACAACUAAAGCACCUGAAGGUGUAAUAACAAUCGAACGACGUUACAUUCCAUUGGAAAGUUGUCCAAAGUGGAAUUUGCAGGAUCAAAAAUUGCCACCGUUACAUGUAACGAGUAAAGGAACCAUUGAGAUUGAGGGAGCUGGGCUGCUCCAAGUAGAUUUUGCAAAUAAAUAUGUAGGUGGAGGAGUGCUAGGCUUAGGCUGUGUUCAAGAAGAAAUACGAUUCGUUAUAUGUCCAGAACUCAUGAUAACCAUGUUGGUUACGGAGGAAUUAGAUGAUACGGAGGCACUCAUCGUCAGCGGUAUCGAACGGUACAGUAAAUACGAAGGUUACAGCAAUACUUUCAAAUGGAAAGGAGAUUUUGUUGACGAGACACCAAGGGAUAAUAGCGGUAGACGUAUGACGUCAAUCGUCGCUAUUGAUGCUCUUUACUUCAGGCAGUCCUCGUUACAAUUCAAUAUGGACAACAUAAAUCGUGAGCUUAAUAAGGCUUAUGUCGGAUUCGUUGGAUCUGAUGUCUAUAAGAAUAAUUUGUCUGCCAUCGCAACGGGAAAUUGGGGAUGUGGAGCGUUUCGCGGAAAUCCAAAGUUGAAAGUCUUGAUACAAUUAAUGGCUGCUGCAGUUGCAGGCCGAUCAAUGGUCUAUUUUACUUUCGGAAACACAAAGCUGCGAGAUGACGUGGCAGCGAUGUAUACACAUUUGGUUCACCAUGAUAUUGAAAUAGCGCGACUUUAUACAAUGCUAUCGGAAUAUCGCCGUGAAUCUGUAUCAAAUGCUCAUUCGGAUUUUUAUUGUUUCUUGUACAACAGAAGUAGGAUAAAGCCAUUGAGCAAAUAUUUUUCGGCAAAGAUUGAAAGUUCUUCGACCGAAUGUUUGAAAGAUACAUCGAUUAAGGAAAACAAAAUCGUUACUUUGUCAAAUAAAGAUAUCGAGAACAAGCGGUAUCACUACUCAGAAGCUAAAGAGAAGGAAAUGGCAGAGGAGGAAAUGAUAAUGAAUUGGCUAACAAGUUGCGAGGAUAGCAACGAUAAUGCUGAACUCGAUACUAAAGAUAUAUGCGACGAGAAAAUCAAGAGUGACUCAAGAGAAAGGGAUAAUCAUAAAAACAGCGAUUUACAAGAUAAUCAGUUUGCAGAUAACGUUGUUGAUAAAAAGAAGAAAUUGGAAGAUAAGAUAUCAAAUAAGUUUGACGAUGUAAAUUCUUUGAAUUCUAAAGAGUCAAGUAUCCAAAAUCUUAUCGACAAUCAAGAUACAUCGAAAAAGAUAAAGCCUGAAUUAUCAGUGGAAUCUACAGAAUUAAGCGAUAGCGAAUCCAUUAAGAUCUUGAAAGACUACGCUCCGGAAUCGCAUAAGCAAAAAUCACUCCUGAGAAAGAGCGGCCAAAGAAAAAUUUCAGAUUUUUUUCAGCGAAUAACGUGAAUACCGAGUAAACGUUUUAAAUUAAUGCCAAUCAGCUUCUGCGCAUUUUGUUUGUAAUUAUAAAUUGUAAUCUUGAACGUUACAAAUUUUGAAAGUUAUAAAGUACAAUGUAAAUAAAAAUAUA